AUGAUUGAAAGACAGGUUAAGGUUAAGGAAGUAUCAAAUAGUCAAAGACACACAAGUGAUCAAAAUGUGCCUAAUGUUAGUGAUCAAGUGGAUGAAGACGUAACUUCUGAUGCGGUGGAUAUGGAUCAAUAUCGCAUAAACUCUUGGGAAGAUAUUGGUAAGAUUAAUUUUUCAAGUCUAUCUAUGAAAAAUAUUUGUCAAUUGCACUUUGCUGAUCUUGGCUUGGCAUUCGAAUUUUAUAAUUCAUAUGCCAAGACGAGGGGCUUCAGUGUGCGAAAGAGUAGGAGUAGAAUAGUUGAUGGAAAAGUUAGAGAAAAAGCAUAUGUUUGUUCCUGUGAAGGGUAUAGAUUAGAAAAAUGGAACCAUAUGAAAAAUCGAGUUAGGGAGCCAAAAUCAGAGACAAGAUGUGGUUGUAUGAGUAAACUUCAUGUUUUCUUCGAUGCGGUAACUGAGAGUUGGGUAGUGAGAGAUUUUUGUGAUGAACACAACCAUGAUCUUGUUGUUCCAAAGUUAGCAAGAAUGUUAAGAUCUCACAAGAAAAUGACUGAGCCUGACAUUAGUCAAAUGAACCAUAUGAAAGAGGUGGGGAUCAGCAUACCAAACAUAUUUGGGUCAUUGGCUAGCCAGUGUGGUGGGUACGAAAACGUUAAUUUUUCAAUUAAGGAUAUGCACAAUCAAGUUGCGAAGCAAAGAAGACAAUUACCUGAUGAUUUAACAUCUGCAAUGGCUUACCUGGAAACGCUAGCAGCAAGGGAUCGAAACUUGUUCUAUAGUAUUGAAAAGGGCAGAGAAGGAGUGUUUCGACAAAUUUUUUGGUGUGAUGGCCGGUGUCAGUUGGAUUACGAUCUGUUCGGGGAUGUGCUAGCAUUUGACGCCACAUAUAAGAAGAAUAGAUACAGAUUGCCGGUGGUAAUAUUCUCGGGAAUUAACCACCAUAAUCAAACCGUUGUAUUUGGUGCUGCGAUAGUUUCGAAUGAGAGGAAAAAGCACUUAUGUGUGGUUACUAAAACAGCUUCUCAUAGCAAUGAAGGGAAAGAUACCGACUUCAGUAAUUACGGAUGGUCAUCAAUCGAUGGCUAUCGCUAUUCAGGAGGUGUUUCCGAAUGCACAUCAUAG